AUGACACUUCCGCGAAUUUAUCUGCAAUUGACAACGACACCAAUGACAAAUAUCCAUGAAAAUGGUCCUGAACCUCGAAUAGUCGGAGGUGAAGAAGUCGAUAUAAAAUGCUUUCCAUUUCAAGUUGCAAUUCUCGAUAUCAUCGGUCGUCUUACUUGUGGCGGAUCUAUCAUUUCUCCUACAUACAUCUUAACUGCUGCUCAUUGCUUUGAUGGUCUUGAUAAUGAACCCUACGUAGAAGUUCUUAUUGGGUCUUCGGACUUACGUGAUUACGAAGGAAAAUUAUAUAACGUAUCAAGAUACAUCAACCAUCCAAAAUACAACAGAUAUUUCGAUUACGACUUCUCAAUUGUACAACUAAGCUCACGACUUUCCUACAGUGAAACUGUUCAACCAAUUGCGUUGCCAGAAUACCAAGAACCAGAAAUUGUCGGAUCAGAUGCCAUCAUUAGUGGAUAUGGACUUACAAAAAAUCCGCAUGAUUCACCUGAUCCAUAUUAUGGAAGGAAUUCAAAAUUGAGAGCUGUGACGCUUUCAAUUGUGGAUCGUAAUGACUGCAAUGCAAGGUUAACGGGAGUUUAUGGUGGAGCUUAUGAAGUACCGGAAAACAUGUUAUGUGCGGGUGCAAAGAGGGGAAAGGAUGCUUGUCAUGGAGAUGAUGGAGGACCGUUGAUAAUCAAAACAGAAAAAGGACCGAAAUUGAUCGGUGUUUUUAGUUUUGGAUAUCAGUGUGCUACUUUUUAUUAUCCAGCAGCUUUUGCGAAGGUUUCUAUGGUUAGAAAUUGGAUUAAACAAGAGACAGGAGUUUAA